UGCGGGGGGGCCCUGAUUCACGGGCGGCACGUGCCGCAUCCCGGGGCAUUUAAACGCCGGCCGGCCUCCCGCCCCAGGAAGGGACUAGACCCGCCUCCUUCUUGGCUUUCUCCCUUCUCCUCUCUCUCUCUCUCUCUUUCUCUCUCUGCUGGAAAGGAAGGGCCGGCUCCGCCAUGAAAGCCAUCCCUGCGCCCGGGAUCCGCUUCCUCCGCUCCUUCUCCAGGGACAGCUGGUAUCGGGGACUGAUCCUGGUGUUGACGUUUCUGUGCUAUACCACCUUCCAUCUCUCACGGAAGCCUAUUAGUAUUGUAAAGAGCGAACUACAUUACAAUUGUUCCUCCCGUGGAGGCAAUCCAAACAAUGAGUCCAAUAGCACGACAUGGUGCGACUGGAAGCCUUUUGACCAAGAUAACUAUAAGGAACUGUUUGGAGCACUGGACAAUGCUUUCCUGGUUGCCUAUGCCAUAGGCAUGUAUAUCAGUGGCAUUUUCGGUGAGCGCCUCCCAUUGCGAUACUACCUCUCUGGAGGCAUGUUGCUGAGUGGCCUGUUCACGUGUUUAUUUGGUUUGGGCUACUACUGGAAUAUCCACCAGCUUUGGUACUUUGUCCUUGUACAGAUAUUCAAUGGCUUGGUGCAGACAACUGGUUGGCCAUCAGUGGUUACAUGUGUCGGCAACUGGUUUGGAAAGGGGAAGCGGGGCUUCAUCAUGGGCAUCUGGAACUCACACACAUCGGUUGGAAACAUCUUGGGGUCCCUGAUUGCUGGCGCAUGGGUCUCCAGCACAUGGGGUUUGUCCUUCAUCGUGCCCGGUAUCAUCAUAGCUACCAUGGGCGUCAUCUGCUUCUUGUUCCUCAUUGAAUAUCCAGAAGAUGUUGACUGUAGUCCACCUCUCCACCAUGUCUCCAAUCCGGAUGAGAAAGGCCUGGAGGCAGGACAUUCCAUCAGUGACGGGAGCCUCAAUGUCUCCACCCACAGCAGGGAAAACAUCAUAGAUGUAGCAGAAACCGGCAAAGAACCACCAGAGGAUCGGGAAGCCAUCAGUUUCAUAGCUGCUCUCCGAAUACCGGGUGUGGUGGAGUUCUCCUUGUGCCUCUUGUUUGCCAAACUAGUCAGCUAUACUUUCCUCUACUGGCUGCCCCUCUACAUCGUGAAUGUGGCUCAUUUAUCUUCCAAAGAAGCUGGAGAUAUGUCCACCCUCUUCGAUGUCGGUGGCAUAGUUGGAGGCAUCUUAGCUGGUCUCAUCUCCGACUACACUGGCGGCAGGGCCACCACAUGCUGUACGAUGUUGGUUUUGGCUGCUCCCAUGCUGUUCUUAUACAACUCUAUUGGACAGAAUGGAUUUGCCACAUCCAUAGUCAUGCUGAUUAUCUGUGGUGGCCUUGUCAAUGGGCCUUACGCUCUCAUCACAACGGCAGUAUCAGCUGAUUUGGGCACUCAUGAAAGUCUCCAAGGAAAUGCAAAGGCCCUUUCCACCGUUACAGCCAUUAUCGAUGGAACUGGAUCUGUAGGUGCUGCCCUUGGACCUUUGUUAGCAGGUGUGAUUUCACGUUCCAGCUGGGACAAUGUAUUCUACAUGUUGAUAUCGGCAGAUGUCCUGGCUUGCCUAUUGCUGUCACGUGUGGUGUUCAAAGAAAUGCGAGGAUGGUGUGGCAGCUACACAAGGAAAAGAGGGUCAAACACCUCUUUUUGAGUACACAUGCUCUGGGUCCAAAAGUCACGCUUUAAGGAAUUUUGACGUGAUCCAUCUGACCAGAGGAGGAGCCCCUUGGAAGCAACAAGGAAGAGUAUGGCUGAGAGGGUUAGUUUCAUUUCAUCGCUCCCUCUCACAAGUCCACAGGAGGAAUUCAUGGAGCCAAAAUGGAUCAUGAACCAGAAACAAACUGAACUCUCAUUCCAAACAUCAACCAAGCUGAUUGCCGGCCGCAUUUCCUAUUUUUUGUUUUUAAAUGAUGGGCAGAGGGGAGCAGGAAGAAUGAUGUAGCAAGUUCAGGAUGAAAGGAACUGUUGUCUUUUGUUCCCAAGGCCUCGGUUUUAAAUCAGUUGCCAGCUGCAUCCUUUUUAUUACUGUUCUUUUUUAUUAUUACAAAUGGUGCUGAACCAGUUGGUUGUUGGUGUCUGUCUGCUUAGGUGGAAGGAAAGAAACUAUGUUUAGGAUCCCAUGGGAGAUUUGGGGAUCACUGCUGCAGUUUCUCAGGGUGGAAUUCUACAUUGUUUGUAACUCCAUGACUACAUUUUGGGAGAAUUUUUAAAACUUGUCUACUAAAAUGACACAUGGGAGUAGAAAAAUCAAUGCAGGAGAAAGAAAAGCUUUUUGAACCUCCUCCUUUUGUGCUGCUGUCUUCCCUUGCUGAAAAUCACAUAAGAAGCCUUUACUGACUGCUGUUACUUAAUUCCUUGUUAAAUUUCUUGGGAACUUAUAUAUCCUUAGGAAUAAUGUGGUCCUCCAGCUGUUUUUGGACUGCAGCUACCAGCUAGCCAUAGGCUAUCCAUAUAGGUGUUAGUACUUAAUAGGCUUAUUUAGGAAGACUGUUAUUUGGAGUGUUGGAUUACAACAGCAUUCAUCAUAUCCAAAAGAACAAGAACAUUAAUGGGUUGAGUGGUUUUUAAAUUAGCAAUACACAGUUAAUCAACAUCUGUUUGACCUGGAGCUGGACCCAGAAUUUGACAAAAUGACUACAAGUCCCAGCUUCCCUUAUCUUCUUGCCAUUUUAGUCCAAAUAAUAACAUUUCCAGGUUUUGGUAGAACAUUGUUGUUGUUGUGUGCCUUCAAUUCAUUUCCAUGUAUUGUGACUCAAAUGCAUACUAUCACAGGCUUUUCUUUGCAAUUGUGAAAUAUCUGAUUUUUAAAAAAAGGAAUUUGAGGGGAAGACUUUAUUGUGUGUGUGUUUGGGGGGGGGGGUUGUGGCUUCAAUGCACUUGUGGACCGACAACAGGUAUCACACCAACAUCAUGUGAUAAGGAUUCCGGUGCCUGUUCCCACCUCUGUGCAAUAAAGUUCUAAGAUUUCUUUAAUCAA